AUGGAAAAAAAACUGGUGUUUAAUGUUUUUUUAUAUUUAUGUGGAACAUUAGAAAAUGAAAAGUCUUUGAACAAACAACGUUAUAAGCUGUUUACAAAAUGUGUUACAAAAAACAAAAUUAAUCUUGUGUCACUUCCUCUGACAGAAGAAGCUGUCAGACAACAUUCUUACAGAGUUUAUUUACAAGCGCAGUUGUUAAAAUCUCUGAAUAUUGAGGAUGGACGUUUUAAUUUAAUAUUAUGUCACCAGUAACCACACCGAAAGUUCCAGAUCAGUUACUUAAAUGUAUAUCAUGUAGUUGUAUCAAAGGUUGUGGUAAAAACUGUGGUUGCCGAAAAUCAGGUCUUAAGUGCUUAAUUGAAUGUGGACAUUUCAAAGGUCAAUGGUCACUAGUUCUAUAAAAAUAGAGGUUGAUUAUAUUGAAGAUUGUACACUUGUAGAAUUGUUUGAUGAAACCGAAUAAGAAGAAGAAUAUAAAACAUACAAAUAUAAUCUACUAUAUAGUGUAAUUAAUUUUAAAUUAUAAUCUUUUUUUUUUUUAUUGUACUAAUUAUUUGUAUGAUAUUAUAAGUUUUAAAAAUAUUUAAUUUGUACUGUGUUUUAUUAUUGUUAUUAUAAUUGAAUCGUUUACCUUUAGUUUGUAGAACAUACAAAUAUAUUUAAUACAGUAUAAAAAAAAUUGAACACGGAAAAAGAGAAAAUUAUUAAUUAUUUUUUAACUGUCAAUUUUUAAACAAAUAUAGCUAGCCAACGGAUUAUUACAGUAAAUGGGUAGAGGCUUAUCUAAUCGAGGCGACAACAUCUCGAGUAAUUCUAGACAUUAUCAAAAGGGAGUUUUGCAUACGUUACAGAUACUCGCUGGUGAUACUUUCGGAUAAUGGGUAGCAAUUUUUUUUCAGAACUGGCAAAGGAUUUGUUAAGAAAGUGGAGAUUCGAAGUAUAGACAACACCCAUUUACCACCUAUGGGCAAACCCCGUGGAACGGAGAAACCAGGAAAUCAAGAAAGGAUUAAUGGCAAAAACAAUGGGGAAAAGCCAUGGAACGUGAGAUGAGGUCUUACCGGAGAUUCUAUUUGCAAUCCGAAACAGGAAAACCCAAAGCACCGGCUUACACCAACCGAGCUAGUGUUCGGAAGUGAAGUAAAAAUCCAGGAGACUGAGAAAUGCACCAAAAAAGAUUCUCCAGGGAAAACACCGACCGGACGAGCAAGGUGUUAGGGCAAACCUGGGGGGCGGGGUGUUCGCGACGGACACGAAACUUGAGCAGAAGUUGCAUAGUCCCGGGUUCAAACGGGUUUAUAAGGUGAACAAUAAUCUACAACAAGGUUUCGAUAAUGUUUCAGAAUAUGAAUCCGAACAAUGGCCAAGGAAAACUGGUGACAACGGGGUUUCGGCCUCCGCGGUCGACCGUAGCGGAUGUGGCCGAACUUCUAUUAGAUAAGGCGCAGGUUGCGAUGAUGUGCGCGAGACGGCUAAUGGGGCGGGCCGGCGGAGUCCCAGUGUGGGAAGAAAUGAUGGAUGCAUGGAGGAAAAGAAGGCCGGGCCCGUAG